AUCAAAACAUAUGAAGACCAGGGGCGCGCAGUCGUCGUAGUGACGGUCGCAAGUCAUUGGGACUCUCCGUUGCAGCAGUAGCGUCGCCGUCGAUCUCCCUUCGAGGCGAGCAGGACAUCGGCGAGGGGUCACCGGGGACCGCAGAGAACCGCCACCACCCGGAGCCGCCGUGGACUGCUGCAACCCGGAUCGCAACCAGCGAGAGAAUCGGCGAGGAUGCCACUUCACCGCUGGGAUGAGCCGCCGGCGUAGGAAGAAGCCAGCCGGAGCCACCACCGCUCGCCUCCGUGCCAUCGCCGGUCAGAGAUCGAAAAUAAGCAGACUGCGGAGCAUAACAUAUUCUGUGAACUUGGUGAGAGUGCCACUCCAUUUGUUACCUUCAACGGCAGCUUCCAUUGUUGAACCUCGAUCUCUGAUGUUCUAAACCAAAAAUGCUCUUUCAGUUUCAUGUUGAAUGGCCAGAAAGAAUGCUUUGUUUCUCAAACAAAUCCUCACCGCCAAUAUUUUCUACCAGAACUCGACACUCUUGGCGGAGUUCUUGGGUUCUUGCAUCAGUACCAGAUCAUCAUUGGCCGUGCGUUCAGUGCACGGGAGGGUCCUGAAGAAUCAUUUCAGCGGCGAGGUCUUCAUCAACAAUCGGCUCAUAGAUGCAUACGGGAAAUGUUGGCGGUUACUAGACGCUCGGAAGGUGUUUGAUCAAAUGCGUGAGAAGAACACCUUUACAUGGAACUCGAUGAUCAAUGCAUUUACAGCAUCUGGACUUCUUGAUGAGGCUGAGGAGCUGUUUUCCUCGAUGCUGGAGCCUGACCAGUGCUCAUGGAACUUGAUGGUUUCGAGCUUUGCGCAGUGUGAAAUGUUUGAUAUAUCCAUGAAAUAUUUUGUGAGAAUGCACAGGGAAGACUUUCUGUUGAAUGAGUACUCUUAUGGCAGCGCACUUAGUGCUUGUGCUGGACUUAGGGACUUGACAAUGGGUACUCAAGUUCAUGGUUCUGUGGCCAAGUCAAAAUACUCAUCUGAUGUUUACAUGGGAUCUGCACUUAUUGAUAUGUACUCCAAAUGUGGAAAUGUGGAGUGUGCUCAAAAGGUUUUUGAUGAUAUGAGGGACCGCAAUGUGGUGUCAUGGAAUAGUUUGAUCACAUGUUAUGAGCAAAACGGGCCAGCUAGUAGAGCACUUGAGAUUUUUGUUAUGAUGAUGCACUAUGGGUUUGAACCAGAUGAGGUGACCUUAGCAAGCGCCAUAAGUGCUUGUGCAAGCUUAGCCUUAGUUAGAGAAGGCCGUGAAGUUCAUGGCCGAGUUAUGAAGUUUCAUAAGUUUAGAGAUGACCUUAUCAUAAGCAAUGCUUUGGUGGAUAUGUAUGCAAAGUGUGGCAGGGUUUUUGAGGCAAGACAAAUCUUUGAUUGCAUGCCUGUAAGGAGUGUGGUCUCUCAUACCUCUAUGGUAAGUGGUUAUGCAAGGGCUGCAAGUGUGAAGGCCGCUAGAGAAAUGUUUACUGGGAUGAUGGAAAAGAAUGUGGUGUCUUGGAAUGCCCUUAUAGCUGGAUACACCCAAAAUGGGGAAAAUGAGGAGGCACUAGAGCUAUUUCUUAUGUUAAAACGGGAGUCAGUUUGGCCAACUCAUUAUACCUUUGGGAACCUUCUAAAUGCAUGCUCAAAUCUGUCUGAUCUGAGGCUUGGCAGGCAAGCUCAUGCCCAUGUUUUGAAACACGGUUUUCAAUUCCAGCAUGGACCAGAGUCUGAUGUUUUUGUGGGUAAUGCUCUAAUAGAUAUGUAUAUGAAGUGCGGGUCAGUUGAAGAUGGUAGGCAGGUUUUCAAAAAUAUGAUUGACCGAGAUUGGGUUUCCUGGAAUGCAAUAAUAGUAGGGCUUGCCCAAAAUGGGCAAGCAAUCGAAGCUCUUGAAAUGUUCAAGGAUAUGUUGAUAGCCGGGGAGAAGCCAGAUCAUGUUACUAUGAUUGGAGUUCUUUGUGCAUGUAGCCAUGCGGGGCUAGUUGAGGAGGGACGCCAAUAUUUUUAUUCUAUGAGGGAAUAUGAUUUGGAACCUUUGAAAGACCAUUACACAUGCAUGGUGGAUAUACUUGGUAGAGCCGGUUGCCUAGACGAAGCAAGGAAUUUGAUAGAAUCAAUGCCAAUACCCCCCGACGGUGUUGUAUGGGGAUCUUUGCUUUCUGCUUGUAAAACUCAUGGUGAUAUGGAGUUGGGUAAGCAUGUAGCCGAGAAGCUUUUGGAGGUUGAUCCUGAAAACUCGGGUCCUUACGUUCUUCUCUCAAACAUGUAUGCUGAGCUCGGGCGCUGGAAAGAUGUUGCAGGAGUACGUAAACUAAUGAGACAGCGCGGUGUUGUUAAGCAGCCCGGUUGCAGUUGGAUCGAAAUAGAGAGCCAGGUUCAUGUAUUCAUGGUUAAGGAUAGAAGGCAUCCCUUGAAGGAGGAAAUAUAUCUUUGGUUGAAAAGUCUGACGAAAUCGAUGAGGCUCUUUGGAUUUGAAGAUGAUUUGGAUGGUGAUGAGUUGAACAGAUGUAAGGAAUUGGGUAUGGGUCGUUACCAUUUUGUAGGUUGAUGUAAAGAUGAGAAAUCAGAUUCUAGGCAACACAAUUUUUCUUGCCUGAUGUGCUUGAAAUGAUGUUUAGGGACUCCCUCUCUGCGGAAAGCAAAGCAAUUAUUAUUAUUGAAAAUGCCAUAAAAAAUGUGAAAAAAAAAUGGCACUUUGGUAUGCCUAACUUAAGGGUCCGUUUAGAAAGCAGGAAAAUGAGUCAUUUUCCGGAAAACAGUUUCAUUUCCAGUGUUUGGAUGUAUUAUGAAAAACUGUCUUUGUGUGUUUGGUUGA